CUCCCCAUGAUCAACCAGCAAGUCCCUGGCACUAGGACCCUGCAGACAGGGAACCCUGAGCCUGCGCUCUAAAGAGAGAGAUGCACCAUUUCACAACUUCAGCAAAAGCCAAAGCAGCCAACAAAGCCACAGCCACCUCGGCUGUGCUGGGCUCUGCCUUUUGGGCAGCUCACCGGCCACUCCCCAGAAGCAGAGCAUUCUGUCCUUUCUCUUUUUAAAUCCACGUCAUCAUCUGAUCAUAAUGGGAAUCAAUCUCAAGUCACCACGCAAAGGCGUAUCCAUGGCAACAUCAAGAGGAAGGACACAGAAAUGAUGCUCCAGUGGCUGCAGCAGGGAAAGGAAACCUGUAGCUUUGGAGUGGGUUCAGGGGUGCCUUGGAUGCUCCCAGGAAAGGAGGGGAACCCUUGCAGUUCUGGAGGAAUUCGGAGACGCAAUCACUCGACCCCGGGAGCACACCACACCGGCAGGCUGAAGAGCUCAGCACUCUUCAUUUCAGAAAGAAGGUCACAGCUGAUAACUUCAGGGACACCAGACCCGGUUGCUCAGCUGCCUGAUGCCAGCUUUGGCCAUAAAUUUGCAGAAGAAAAGAAAUGCAAGACCUUAAUUACUUUGAGCCUUAUCACCUACCCCAGACCGCGAGCCCCAAGCUAUAAAAACCUUUCCCAGUGGCGGGGUGGGGGGGCACAGUUCUUGAGACUCUAGCCUGCUGUGUUCCCCCUUUUGCCUAGCAAAGAAUAAAGCUACUUUUUCUCCUUCAAAACUCCAUCUCCGUAUUUCUUUUCGGCAUUGGUGCACAGAAAGCCAAGAUUUUGGCAUCACAGCCAGGCAACCCAGCUUCGUGAAGAUUCGCGGCAUGCUGUGGCCCGCAGGCACCCAGCACGCGCCUGCCCCGCUGCCAUGGUGUCCAAGAGGAAGGUCAGCUCUGCCGAGGGGCACAGAAGGAGGAGCCCAAGAGGAGACCAGCGAUGCUGUUGGCUAAAACAGCUUCUGCAAAAGUGGAAAUGAAGCCAAAACGGUGGAAGGAAAGGAUAAAUCUUCAGGCAAAAAGUGCAAACAAAGGGGAAAAGGGAGCAAAGGGAAGACAGGCUGAAGUGGCUCACCAAGAGACUAAAGAAGACUUACCUGCAGAAAACGGAGAAAAUAAAAAUGAGGAGAGGCCAGCCUCUGAUGAAGCAGGAAAGAAAGAAGCCAAGUCUGAUUAAUAUCAAACACCCGGUCCUAUCAGUGGUCCCUGUCUCCCUUCUUGUACAAUCCAGAGGAAUAUUUUUACCAACUAUUGUGUAAAUGCAAGUUUUUUAGUAGCUCUAAAAACAUUUUUAAAAAGGAGGGAAUCCCACUUCAUCUCAUUUUUU